UCAUACUCAAAUCCGAGGGAGAGGAGCUAAGCCGCCAUUUUCUGAGCGUCUCUCCCUAAAACGCGAAAAAGCCUCCCAGGAAACUGGCGUUUGAGAGACUUUUGCAAACCGACGAACGGAGUUUUGGAUAAGGAAUUGUUGUAAAAUAACCCACGUAAGAAGUUAUUUGGAUAAGGACCGAAAUUUUUUGGCCUUGCCAUGUAUUAAUAGCAGCGGCGAGGCGAGCUACCGCGUUAGCUGGCAAGCAAGGUGUAGUUAGUUGAUUCGCCCAUUGCUUGGUUCCGGAACGAAUCAAACCGGCUCUGUAUAUUGGGGUUUUGACCAAGUUGAUAUAUUUUUGGAUAUAGGAAUGGCAGAUUAGUAUACCGUUGCCGUGUUUUGGUCAUAUUACUUUACAUUUGCCCUCAAAAACUGCGGGGGAUUGUACGCGAAAUUCCCUCGGAUAGUGCACUCGUCACGUGGCUGUCCUCUGGUGGGGCAGUAAGCGGGUGGUGUGGAGCAGGCUGCGGUGCCCGUCUCUCUGCACUGCAUGGCUGCGAUGGCGCCCGCUCUCACCGACGCCCCAGCCGAAGCUCACCACAUCCGCUUCAAACUGGCUGCCCCGUCCUCCAGCCUCUCACCGGGCAGCGCAGAGAACAACGGCAACGCCAGCAACAUACUUAUCCACAGCAACGGCACCACAGUCAAGCGCAAGACCUCUGCCGGCGAAGAACGUUCCCUGGACUUCUGUGGCGGUAACAAGAACCAGGAGCAGCAGCAGCCACAGCAGCUCCAUCACCCAGACUCCGUGCCCCCAGCCUCUACCCUAGGCAAGCUCCAACCGUUGGUGGCCUCUUACUUGUGCUCUGAUGUGACACCUGUCCCUUCCACUAAGGAGUCCAUUAAACUGCAAGGUGUUCUCAUCAAACAGUCCGUGCUGAAAAGCCACGGUAUCCUGCCCAGCUCCCUGUUUAACGGCGGAGAUUUCCUGUUGAGAAAGCGACAGACCUUUGAACUUUCGGGGGGCCAGUUGAAGAGCCUCAUGAGUGGCAGCACUAACAGCGGGAGCCAGUCCAUGGCACCUGUCAACGGGCUCGCCAAGAAAUUGGCGAUGUCCGGCGCUGGCUGCAUGGUGGCGUUGAACGGCAACAAGCCCUCUGCCUCGGCAAGCGACUCUCAGCCUCUGGCACCAUCCCUGGACUCCAAGGCCCUGAUGGGAACCCUUUCGGGGCAUGUUCUUCUAAAGGGAAACUUAAAACAAAAGCAUUCCUCAGGGGGUUCUCAGAGUGCAGAAGGAAACAACUUGCAAUUGCUCUCGCCUCUCUCUACUACGCCUUCCCUCUCUUCCCACUGCAAGGCUCAGCCCGAUGAGCAGUUGGACUCUGAGCGUGAAGUGGCUCAUUUGGAUACACUUACAAAUCCAACACAGGUGUCUGUGACCAAUGAGGAGAAUUCUGGAAACGUCCAGCAGGGUUCACCAACACGUUCACCCACAUCACCGUUUCAUCCCCUCUCCUCCACCACCUCCUCCCUGGGCAGCCUUGAUGCCCAGGUGAGGGAGCGCACGCUGCUCAGCGGCAGUCGCCAGGGCGAGAUCGAGGGCCGUCUGUGGCAGCUCCGUAAACGCCUUCAGGUGGUUCAGGCCAAGCAGGUGGAACGGCACCUCCAGCACCAGCUGGGCGGCUUUUUGGAUUCUGCCCUCGGCCGGGCGCCGGAUGCCAGCCGCAGAACGGAGGCUGGUGCCCCCUCAACGACCGCGUGGAGGACUGGCCGGCACUUCUCCAGCCCCGGGGACAGCCUAGGUCGAUUCAUAAAGAGCGGCUCCAUGCCUUCUGAGCUGCAGAGGCUCUACCUCAGCGGCACAGCCAACCUGCGUUCGUCCGAGCACGCCUUUGACUCGGACGUGACGGAGAGCAGUUCUGGGGGGGACUCUGACCUGGAGGAGGAGGAGCUGAGCAGAGUUGACAUUGAGCAGCGACACGUCAAAAUAUGGAAGAGGGCAGAGAGUCGAUACACGUUGGAAAGGGCCUCCAUCAUCAGCCACUGGAACUGGCUUCAAGCCCACAUAUCAGACCUGGAGUACCGCAUCCGGCAGCAGACAGACAUUUACCGGCAGAUUCGCUCCGGCAAGGGCUCUGUGGAGUUGGGAGGCUUGCCCCCCAGCACCCUGGUCGUAGGUGGGGUGGAAGUCAAGACGGAGCCUGUAAGCUCGCAGGAUGAUGGUUCAGAGCGUCUGGAGCACACGGUGAACACCCACGAGCCUGGGCCUUGGAGGGGUCAGAACGGAAGGCCAGUCAACGGAAUCAAUAGGGUGGCUGAGAGCAUAGACCAGAAGCCUGGCACCAAACACCAACCCGUACCUUACGACAGCUCCUGUGUGGCUGCCCGCACACGGCCCUUACUUUGCUGCAAGCGACGUCGGCUUGUUCACCCCACCACUGUCCCUAACCUAAACGGAAAGGCCCAAAGAAGCAACAGCAUACAGUGUACCUGCAGGGUGAACAUAGCCUGCGUGACGUGUGGCGGUCGGCCGACGUCCAGGGAAAACCCCCAGUAUGACCUCCCCACGCUGGAGCGCCUCUCCCGUCUGGACACUGGUGUCCACCCCAUCCUCUCCUUCUCUGACGACGUGUGUGUAGGCUUGCGUCUGCAGCAGGUGCUGAAGAGCCAGUGGCCGAGCAAGGCCCUGGAGAGGAGCAAGCCCUUGAAGAAGCUUGCCCUCAAACACAAACUCUCCUCCAAAGACAAGCACAAGUUCUCCAACUCGCUCAUGGCAGUCAGGCUAGGUCAUUACAAGAGCCGGACGGAGAAGUCGCAGAGGCAACAGCUAGACGGCGGUGUGGGUGGCGCGGCCCGCCUGGAUGGCCACUAUAAGGUCGAUCGCCUCCAGGCCCUCUCGUCUCCCGCAAUGCCUUACGACAAGAGCUACAGUCGAAAGAGGUUCCGCGAGCAGUCGCUGGACAAGAGUGACUCCUCUCUGAAGCUGUUCCUGGACUCUGGGAGCCCCUGCUCAUCGCUAGCCAGCCUGCACUCCUCCAUUCACAGCCCCCUGACCCGCCAGCUAUCCACCUCCUCCGAGAGCAACACCCCCCUGGGCCCCAACAGCCAGAGUGUCCCCAACACACCUCAACCCAUCAAGAGGAGGCGAGGAGAGAGCUCCUUCGACAUCAACAACAUUGUGAUCCCCAUGUCUGUGGCUGCCACGACCCGCGUGGAGAAGCUGCAGUACAAAGAGAUCCUCACACCCAGUUGGCGUGAAGCCGAUGUUUUCUCCCAGCCCAUGGCCGAGGAGGAAGACGACAACGAGAUGGAGGAUCUGUCUGACGCAGCCUUCACACAGCUCCACCAGCCCUGCGAGGACCAGGAGCGCUCUCGCUGGACCUGGAUGGCCCUGGCCCCGGCCAAGAGGAGGGGUAGCAGGUCAUACAAAUCCGUCGACGGGCGCACCACCCCACUGCUCUGUGGAACCAACCCCCCCACACCACAGCCAGCCUCCCCAGACCCGGGCCACUGCCCUCUGCUCCACGAAUACAGUUACGCACCCUCACCCAUGAGCCCACCCAGCCCCGACGCCACCUCCAACCCUCACACACCGUGCUCGCGGGACUCGCAGCGCCUGCCUUCCAGCGAGGACACUCGCUGCUCCACUCCUGACUUCACCUUUGAGGAAAGGACGGUGGCACCGUGGGAGCGGAGGAACUUCCCCAUGUCAGAAGACCCCGCCCCAGAGCCUGAGGUCGAGUCCGAUGACGACACGAGGCAGAGGGUGCACAGCAUCUCCGGUUGCCGAGUAACUGGCUAUGGCAGACUGGACUCGGAGGAAGCAGACCCUUCGCCUUGUGAGGAAGAUGUCUCUAAACAGAAGGCCACCACCAACCGAUGAAUGACUGACGGGACGAGGUUCUCUCUCCCCCCCACCUCUCUUCUUUGGCAUUAACAAGCAGAACCUCAAACCGGAAGAAUAUAUUAAAAGGGUUCCUGUUGUUUGAUAUUCAAACAUCAGUCUAAUACUUUUCACAGUUUUAGUGAAUAUUACGGAGAAAUAGAAGCCUUUCCCAACACUUGUUUUUGUCACAGAAAAAAAAAUAAAAAGAUGAAAUGUUGAAAAAAAUAAAUAAGUAUAAAACAACAUGUUACAAAAAAUUAUUUCUGUAGUAGGCUAAAUAAUGUACAUGGGGUUUAGUGGUGUUUCAUAUGUCGCGUGCACACUUGUAGCACACUAUGUAGCGGACAACUCAAAAGUAUGGCCAAAGGGUGUUUUCUAUUGACUAGUUUGCUUGUACUUCCCAUGUACAUUUUUAGUGGAGUGACGAAUAACAAAACAAGACAAAAAAAAAAUAUUAAAAAAAAUAUCCUCUCAUACUUCCCCAAUCAACAGGUACAUUUUGGAUGUAACCUCUUUUACUCAGAGGUUACUGAAAUUGUAGAGCACUUCUUUUACUGCCAAGGGUUUGUGUUGGUUUGCUUUGUUUUGUUUCAUUCCUGACACUUUUUUUGUAUCGUCUGUUCAAACUUUAGGCUUUGUUUGUUUUUAUUUGGAUGGUAAUCAUUCCUUUAGAAUCGGCUCCUCACACGUAGCCAUUUCUCUCCAAGUCAUAUAUGCCUGUGGGAUGACUCAGUAAAAGGAGGAUGAUGGAGCACUUCUCUGAAUGCAAAAAAGAAAGAAAAAAAAUGCUUAUCAGCUCAAAAUAGCCCAGCAAAUGGAGCUCAAAGGAAAAAUAAAGAUUAUACUCUUUAUCUGUCGUAUCCUUCCCCCCCCUCCCCUGUCACAUGCCUUUAUGGUCAGCAAUAUAUUAUGUUAUUGUAGUCAAAUUGAAACUUAAAAUUCAAAUCACACUGGUGAUGGAUCGAUUACCCACAUCAUCCAUUCUGGGCGUACAGGUUCAUGCUAGUGAAUUAUUGGUAGAUGUUUAUACGUUGAAAAUGAAGGUUGUUUCCGGUUUCACUUGACAGGAAUAAGAAGUGUUCUCUUGCAAUUGUUUAAAAUGUAGCAACUCUUUGCUAGAAGCCACCCAGACCUCAGGUUUUACAGUUUUAAGGGAAUAUUUCUAAUGCUGAGAAUCAUUUUGCCCCUCAGUAGGUAAUUCUGAUCUAAAGAGACUGCUGUUGCAAGAGGCAUGUUUUUGCCAUCCCACAAUGUCAAAAUCUCACCGCCAUUUCCCCCAUGAAUAACUAAUUGCUAUGCAAAAUCUAUGGUUGUAUAAUUUUACACCUGUGUUUUAAUGCCACAGUCAUUCAAUCACUGUAUUUUUUUAUUUUGUAGUUAAGCGAUAUGUCGAUGUACCUGUUCCAUUAUUGCAGCAGUAAACCUAAUCAAAAGCAGACUUGUUUUUGUAAAUAGUACCAUUAAAAAAUUUAUGUUAAACUUGA